AUGGCUGCGCCAUCGUCGUCCCAGAGCCGGCAAGCGCGCCAGGCCAGCACGUCACUCUUCAAGCGCGUCUGGCUGGUAAUGAUGAGGUCUCCGCGGGCCAGUAUCCUGGCCGUUCUCGUCGCCGCCGCAGCUCUGGCCGUGGCCGCCCCGAGCCCACAGCAGCAGGUCAUGGACAACAACGACACGAGCUGGCAGCGGUUCGUGCGCGCCCCGUCCACCCACACAGUCAAGCCCGCCCGCAUCCACGAGACGUCGGGGGACGUGCUCAACCCGGACAGCUUGCUGGGAGCGAGCACCGAUGGCGGGGUCGGACCGACCGUCUUGACCCGCCAGGCGGCAGGCGAUCAGGUACCCAUGAUCGUGAUUGACUUUGGCAUCAACGUGGCGGGCCUCUUGCAAAUAGACUUUGCAGGCUCGACAACCAACGGCCGGUGGACCGACGACGGCGGCAACAAGAGUGUUGUCCAGGGCCGGGACACCCUCCCAAGGCCCGGUCUGAAGCUGGCUUUCUCCGAGACAUUGCAGUUUCUUACAAACCGGAGUGACUUCACGAGGUCGGAUAAUGCCAAUGGGGCUCAGAAGAUUACUCCAGGGACAGAUCAGAUCGCCGUCAAACAAGAUCCAUAUACCUGGCUGGACCAGCUCGGCUGCGAGAAUGGCACCCAAGUCUGUGCCGAUGGCCUCCAUGGAUUCCGCUACGUCAAGAUCUAUCUGGAUGCGCUGGACUCCGACGCGCCGCUCACGACCUCGACUGGAUCCGUCGGUAUCAAAUCCGUCAAAUUGCUCUAUUCCGGCCUCCUCGGCACGCCAGAUACCUUCACGGGCCACUUUGAGUGUUCCGACCCGGACAUCACUCAGUGGUGGUACGACGCCGUCUACACCAACGACAUGUGCACCGAUGUGUUCCGUGCUAACGACACCGAACCUCGUGGUGCGGCCAGUCCGACCUUGCUGGGCAAGCUUGUUCUCCACGACGGGCCUAAGCGGGAUCGAGACCCAUACGUUGGUGACCUCGCCGUCUCUGCUCUGACCUCGUAUCUGAGUCACGAUGUACCUGAAGCCGCUCGCAACGUUCUGGAGGAUCUAGCUAUCCAUCAGAGAGAUGAUGGCUGGAUCCCACCUGCCAGCAUCAACGAUUACACACUGCCAUUGUUUGACUACCCCCUGUGGUGGGUUGUCUGCACUGUCGAGUAUGUAAUGUACACCGGGAACAUGUCGUUCAUACAGACAUACUACCCAACCAUGGCCAAGGCGCUCGACGUGUUUUACCCAGCUCACACCAACAAUGACACGGGCCUCAUCGAGCGUGAAGGGUAUGGCGACUACGCGUUCCUUCCCAGAAGCGGCGCGGUGACAUACUACAAUGCACUGUACGUCCAUGCCCUGGGCAAGGCCGCGAGUAUGGCAGACUUGCUUGGCAAAGGCGAGGACGCUUCGCGCUGGCGAAGCCGCGCGGCUGCUGUCGGACCUGCGCUGGUCAAGCGCAACUGGGAUGCCAAAGCAGGCGCGUUCUUUGACGGCGGCCCCUGCGGCGACCAAGCUAUCUGCUCUGUUCACGCGCAGGAUGGAAACAGCCUGGCCAUUCUGUCCGGCGUCGCAUCGAACUCUUCCUCCGGCAGCGCCUCCCCGCAGUCCAUCCUCGACUACAUGUCCACCGCGAUGGCCAGGGAGUACGGCAACGCCUUCUACGACAGCAGCAUUCUCGACCCCAACGCCGACUUCAGCAACCGCGUGUACGCCUUCAUUUCCUACUUUGAGCUCGCCGCGCGGUUCUCCAUCUCGUCCGACCCGAAGAUCGUCGGGAGCGCCUUCGAGGAGCUGCGGCGGCUGUACGGCUGGAUGGCCACGCACGACCCGACAGUCACCUUCUGGGAAGGCAUCGGGGCGAAUGGGAGUCCCUACGAGGGCGGCUUCACCAGCAUGGCGCACGGGUGGUCGACCGGCAUCGUGCCGCUCAUGGUGAACUACGUGCUGGGCGUGACGCCCACCAAGCCCGGCUUCAAGGGGUGGAACGUGCGCCCCGUGCCGGGCGACCUUGCCUGGGCCAGGGGCGCGGUGCCGACCCCGAGCGGCGCCAUCACCGUGCAGUGGCAGAUGGCGGGCGGCGGUCGCAACGGCCUGUUCUGGAUGCAGGUCACCGCGCCGGGGGAUACGUCGGGCACGGUCGCCGUCCCGCUGCCGGGCGGGGCGAAGGUCCUGACGCUGAACGGCGAGCUCGUCUUUGACGUGCAGGCGCGUUCCGCUGCCAGAGGGGCGCGGCAGGACGGAGGCUUUGUCCUUGUCGACGUCACUGGGGGCAAGCAUGUUUUUGUAGUUGAGUAG